CUCUGGGCCCCGACCGCCCGCUCCCAACCAUGGUGGCCUGGCACUCGGCGUUCCUCAUCUGCCUCGCUUUCUCCUUGGCCACUGUGGUCCAGAGAGGCGCACACACACAGAAAUCACCCAAGAGUCAGUGCCAGCAGGCACUGAGGAGGGGCCUCCAGCAGAGGUGACGGCGAUGAGGGUGAAGAGGCUGUUGGCAGCUCGCAGGGGAGUGUGGGGAGCAGCUGAUUUUGGUUUUCGUGAGUUCAGGAAAGAUCCUUUCCAGGCGCACUGACUCCCGUUCUGGGUUCUUCCCCCACCUGGUGGUGGUGCUUUCCCUGCUGUGUGUCCACUCCUCCCCUUUGCACUUGGCAUGUAUUCCUCUGCUGCUCUUGGCGUGUGGGGGGAGGCCCGGCUCUGUCUGGAGUUUCCUGUUCCCCAGCCCAGGCUGGGCCCUCCCUGAGGCUGGCUCACAGGUCCACUGACUGGCCAAUCUUGGUUUGCAUGUAAAAGCCUAAAGUCAUCCUAAACGCGUAAUAGAAACAGGGGAGAAAUCUUUCAUGCAGGUCAGUGUUCCAAAUGGCCCCCAAAGAUGUCCAUGCCCUAAUCUCUGGAACCUGUGACUAUGGGAGGUUACAUAGUGAUUUCAGCCGGCAAGAGGACCUCAGUCUUUGUCUUCUUUGAAGAGAGAAUUCAGCAAAGAGACCAAGACUGCAAAGCAGGAUCUGGGGACGUUGGUUUCAGUCUGGAGGAUGCAUUGGAAGAAACUUCCUCAGUAAAGCAGAGAUGGGACCAUGUCACCACCACAACCAGGAGACCGGGAGCGACCAGAGCUCCAGCAAAGCCUGCAGGUAGUAAAUUUGACUUGGCUGACGCUUUGGAUGAUCAAGAUCAUGGCCACAGGAAGCCGAGUGCAGGAGGAGGAGGGCCCCCUGAAGAAAAAGAAUUUGACUUGGCCGAUGCCUUGGAUGAUCGAAAUGAUCAAGAUCAUGGCCACAGGAAGCCGAAUGCAGGAGGAGGAGGUUUUUCAGACAAGGAUCUUGAAGACCUAUUAGGGGGUGGUGAAUACAAACCUGACAAGGGUAAAGGUGAUGGCCAGUACGGCAGCGGGGAAGACUCAGGAUCCGGCAUGUCCGCAGAGACCGGCACCAUCGCCGGCGUGGCCAGUGCUCUGGCCAUGGCCCUGAUCGGCGCUGUCUCCAGCUAUAUCUCCUACCAGCAGAAGAAGUUCUGCUUCAGCAUUCAGCAGGGUCUCAGUGCGGACUACGUGAAGGGGGAGCACCUGGAGGCCGUUGUGUGUGAGGAGCCCCAAGUGAAAUACUCAGCGCUGCAGACGCAGUCCGUGGAGCCGCCGCCGCCGGAGCCGCCCCGGAUCUGAGGGGCUGACGUGAGGCCCCGCUCCGCCUGGCAGGCUGUGGGCACACAGGGCCGCUGCUUGGGACCCAGCUCCUUGUUUCGUUUGGACCCACGGCUGCCAUGCUGCUCCUUCGAUGUCAUUGGCUUCUUGUCGUUCUCAGUUUCCGGACGAGCUCUGGGUGUUCGUGAGUUUGGCUCGUGCACCCGCCCUGCCGCACGGCCUCUGGAGAGCCUUUCUGCGGAAAUCCUUAGUGAGCUGGGAAGGGGGAGACCGAGCGGAGGGCGGCCAGAGGCCACGCGUGCUGCAGGGCAAGAGUCUGAACCUGGGGCCCUGCCACCCCCUCCGCUGCACUGCCUUGCUGGGUGGGUUUCUGCCGGGAGGCAGUCCUGGCGGUGACCUGGAAGGGCUGUUGGCAGGGGUGCGGCCGCGAGGAGCACGCCGGUGAGCGCCGGGUGACACCGCUCACGUGCCACACCCAGGGGUGUUUUUAUUUCCAUCCUUCUUUCCAGCUGCAGUCCUUAUGCUGCUGGGCUUCCCAAGAGCUGGCACAAGUGGUGGCCUUUCAUUUAAGUGAAAACGUGCAUGUCACAGUAUCCCUGCCUUGAGAGUUCAGGAAUCUUCUGGAUGUGUAGGAGGCUGUGGCUCUCAGGCCUAAUUCCCGUAUGAUGCCGUGGGACCGGACGUGGUCUCCAGGCUGACACGAUUAGUUUGAGGGAUCAUUUAUGCUGUGGCAGUGAGUUUUCUACUGGGGCUGGGGGCAUGUGUGUGCUUAUUUUGGUAGCAAAAGCUACAGACCUCAAGAACGAGCGUCAGAGCCUGAAGCAUGCCCGUUGUUUGCCUGAAGAUGUACGUAGUGGGGAGGGGAGGGGAGAGGGGCGUUGGCUUGGUGUGGGAGCUCACCGGACUCGGUGAGUCUCUAGUCACCCUGCCUGCCCUCUGACGGACAGCGCGUGGGGGCCCGCGGGCACCCGGACCUGCGGCCGCUGUCGUGUUUGGCUGGAGCAGAGCUGCCUUCCUGGAACAUUUGUCAGGCCCACGUGUGGUCCUGAUCCUGGGAGCGCUGCUGUCCGGCUGAGCUAGAGUCUAGAGCCACCGUCUAUGGAUAAUGAGUUUGCGGUGUCAGAGAGCACUUCUGGAAGCAUCGUAUGAGUCAGCAGGAAGGCGGGGUCCUAUUAAUCCAGCUUCACGUGCUGCGGGACUGCUGUGUCAGCCCCUUCACGUCCGCUAGGUUGGGAUGAGGCAACUCCGACUUCUUAGGGAGACAGUUGACAUCUGAACAGACCCCGCAGCUUAGAUGGCCUCGUGUGUUCGUGUUAUACAGGGCGUGCCGUGGGCCCCCCAACGCCCCCGCCUGCGGGCUCAUGCCAGGCAGGCUGGAUCGUGUGCGGCCCCCGAGCUCCAGGAAGUGAGCAGCAGAGCGGUCGCUGGUGAGGUCUGCCUGUUUCCAGGACCUCCCCGCCCUGCCCUCAUGGGACAGGCUGUUGUCAGCUUUGCCAGGCUCGUCCCUCUCCAGGCUGGCCAGGGCUGAUGUCCCCACCCCCGUGCUGCUGGGCUGGAGGCGGCUCUGAGGGACUUUAGGUGACAGCAAGCUAUGAAUGCAAAACAGGGUGACCUCAGGGCCCAGGGAGGGCCUGUGUCCUGAGUAACAGGAGUUGGGAAGGGAUCAGGGCAGUGCUCGGAAGCUCAUCGCGUUAGGAGGGCUGCUCACCAACGUUCCCAGGCAUUUUAAAGAAGGAGACGAGGCAGCACUUGCGUGUGGUAAGAUGCUUCUCUCCCAGCCACUGGGAAGGUGGACAUUUAUAGAGAAGUCAGUCACGGCAGUGACUAGGAAGUGACGUGGCCCAUGUGAUUCUGGGCAUGGCCGGGCAUGGCGCCCCCGGUGGGCCACCUUAGCUCUGCGGCGAGGCUCAUCUGAUGGUGAAGACCCUGAAAUCCUAUCUGUGAUGUGAAGUCAGCGCCCUCUGCAAAUCCAUUUUCUCAGUAGCACUGACUUUGGUUAAGAGAGACCCAUCGCACUCUUCUUGUCUAUCUCGGUGCCCCGUGUGGCAAGCCCAGAGCCCAGCACCCAGCCCUGUGCCAGUGACCGGAGAGGCCUUGAAAGUCACUCACCCACCCGUUUGCAGGGCUCACAUCCUGGGGACGGGGGCGUGGGGGGCCAAUGCUGGCUGAUGCCCGGGGGCUCUUGUAGCUGUGUCCACCUGGAGGCUUCAUCGACUGGCUUGGGCCCGUCCCAGGUGGUAGUGGAGACGGUGAGUGAGCUAGAAAGGCCAGCUGACAGUAUCUGAUCACUGUCAGCUUAACUGGGGACGGGGAGAGGGGGCUCAGUGUUUACAGUAGCAACUCCGAGCCCCUGGGGGAAGGAGGCAGGACUGCCUAGCCGGCUUGGGCACCCUCCCCCCAUGGCACCCAGAGAGCAGCGCCAGGCCCAGCGCCUCGGCUGCUUGGGGUGGGGGUCGGUACCAGUUCUCUGAGGAAGAAGAGGUGGACACUGACCUCGGGAUCCCCGAUACUUUCUCUGUGCUCGUGUUUAACUGUGAGUUGUGAGCUCUCUCGUGUUCGCAUUAAACAAAAGGGACCCUAACAGGCCCUGUA